AUGAAUAUCCUUUCGUUAAAUUGUCGGGGGUUGAAUACCAGUGAUGCCCCGAUAAUUCCGUACAUACGCUGGUUGGUUGCGACGGUUAAGCCCAUGUUUCUGUUUUUGCAAGAAACAAAAUGUUCAGUUGCACAUGUACAGUCUGUGUUACGAACUACUAAUCCACACACUGUAGUUGGUGUAGAUGCUCUAGGGUAUAGUGGUGGGUUAGUUGUGGUUUCUUGGGCACCUUUUGCUGUUAACGUACUUAGGUCCACGUGUAAUUUUAUGUUUUGUAAAAUAUCAGCAAAUAAUGGAAUGAUCUGGUACGUUUUGUUUUUGUACGGAGAAUCGCGCCAAGAAUUUCGUAAUUCCUUAUGGGAUCAAUUGUUACACUUGUUAGAGGCGUAUCCUGACUUUGUUAUUAUUGGUGACAUAAAUCAACUUGAUCAUUAUGGGGAUAAGUUGGGUGGGUCUACUAUGAUUAGGGGAUGGGAAGAAUUUACCACUUGGAAGCAUGCUCUACAACUACAAGAUAUUCCCUUUGUUGGUCCUCGAUUCACUUGGACAAAUAACAGGGAUGGUGUGGAUUUAAUUAUGGAACGUCUUGAUAGAGUGUAUGCUUCCCCAAAUUGGAAUGACAGAUAUCCACUUGGCUUUAUUAAAAACUUCCCUAUUCUACAUUCUGAUCAUGCAGCUAUCUUUUACCAGACAGAACCACCAACCCAGAUUCAUCGUCGGCCAUAUCAGUUUGAAAAUUGGUGCCUCCUACACCCUGAUUUAACUAACAUUAUUUCGUCUGUAUGGCGCAUUCCCAUAGUUGGGUCAACAAUGUACCGGUUCACGAAACAUCUAUCCAUCUUUCGCACUCAGAUAAGGCGAUGGUGUUUGGAUCAUAAAGUUGUAUGGGGGAUUGAUUGGCAAGAACUUUCUACAAAGUUAAUGGCCAAUGCGACUGAUAUCUCUUCUCUUCCUCAGGGUAACGCUUUCAUGUUCCAACGUCAGCAAGAGUUGAAUAAGUCUGCUUUGGCACACUCUUAUUGGUCGCAACGAUCUAAAGAUAAAUUCGUUCAAAUCGGGGACCUCCCAACCAAGUUCUUCUAUAAUAAGAUGAGACAAAAACAACGCGCAGCAUAUAUAUAUCUACUACGGAUAGCAGACGACCAAUGGACGGAGGAUGGGCCUACCAUAGUAAAAACUAUUUUACAUCAUUUCAAGGUUGCAUAUGGGCCGUCUCAGGUGUCUACUGCCUCUGACCAGGUCCAGGAUGAGGCCAUUGAUUUAGUACUUCGCGACUUAAAUUUACCUCAUCUUUCUCCUUCUCAACAACAACAGCUCAUUCGACCUUCUCUAAGGAUGAAGUGCAUGAGGCCAUGUUGGUAUUGGUCAGGGCAAAUCUCCUGGGAUGGAUGGAUCAACGGCGGAGUUUUUCAAACUUCACUGGGUUGCCCUGGAAACGAGGUAUUUCAAGCUGUUAAUCAUUUUUCACAACAGGUUCAUACUUCAUGA